AUGACAAUAAUUGAAUAUAUACAAACAUUAUCAGAUAAUCCUUAUUUUGGAGCCGGUUUUGGUUUAGCUAGCUUAGGAGUUGGAGCAGCUUUUCUACGAAAAGGAUCCCAAGUUGCGACUAUUCUUUUCAAACGUCAUUACAUGAUCACAUUAGAAGUUCCAUGUCGUGAUAAAAGUUAUCAAUGGUUACUUCAAUGGAUCACCCACAAAGGUGCUCGUAAAACUCAACACUUAUCUGUAGAAACAAGCUUUGAAUUAAAAGAUACUGGACAUGUCAAUACCAAAUACGACUUUAUUCCAAGUAUUGGUACUCAUUUUUUCAAGUACAAAGGGAAUUGGAUAAAAGUUCAAAGAACACGAGAGCAACAGACCCUAGAUCUUCAUAUGGGAAUUCCAUGGGAAACUGUUCAAUUAACAGCGUUUGGUAAUGAUAGAACAAUUUACUUCGAAAUUCUGGAAGAAGCUCGUCAAAUGGCGCUAAAAGAGCAUGAAGGCAAAACAAUAAUGUAUACUGCAUUAGGAAGCGAGUGGAGGCAAUUUGGUCAUCCAAGGAAAAAACGUCCAGUAGAUUCCGUAGUACUAGGCGAUGGAAUAGCUACAAGAAUCCUCAGUGACUGCAAGGAAUUUAUAAAUAAUCCUGGAUGGUACAGCGAUCGAGGAAUUCCAUAUCGACGUGGUUAUUUGCUUUACGGGCCACCUGGAUGCGGUAAAUCGUCAUUCAUUACUGCGCUUGCUGGUGAACUAGAAAGAGGUAUCUGUGUAUUAAAUUUGUCUGAAAGAGGACUUACGGAUGAUCGUUUAAAUCAUCUUCUUGCUGUUGCGCCGCAGCAGACGAUUAUUCUUCUUGAAGAUAUUGAUGCUGCUUUCCGAGAUCGUUCUGAAGAGAACCACCGAGUUAAAACUGCGUACGAAGGACUAAAUAAUCUGACAAUGAGCGGAUUACUUAAUUGUCUUGAUGGUGUAGCUUCUACAGAAGCUCGUAUUUUAUUCAUGACUACUAAUUACAAAGAAAAAUUAGACGCUGCGCUUGUGAGACCUGGGCGUGUUGACGUAAAAGAAUACAUUGGUUACUGCAAUAAAAAUCAAGUUGAACAAAUGUUUUUACGGUUUUACCGCGGCCCUAAUAAAUUAGAAGCUCUUGAGUUAGCUCAAGAGUUUGCUGAGGGUGUAACUAGCCAAGGAAAAGACGUCAGUCCAGCACAAAUUCAAGGAUUUUUUAUGUUUUAUAAAAAUGACCCGAAACAAGUAUUAACUAACAUCUCACAAAUAUGGGAAUUAACGAAGUAA